UUUACUUAUUGCAGAUAAUAAGAUCAUCUUUCUUAUCGUUCAAUACGAGUAAGGUAAAUGGAUAUAGUAAAAAAUAACUUGUGUUGCUUCAUUUUUUUUUGACGAAUUUUCUCUUAUUUUUUGUUCCUAAUGCAAACAAUUGAAUGUCAAUUAUUAUUAGUAUAAAAUGAGUUUUACUUAUUUAGAACUCGACAACAAGAUUUCUAUGAUCAAUAUUCAUCAUCAUACAAUGAUUCACAUUAUUGGCAUGGAAAUAAUUCAAAUUCUUAUGAUGUUUGUGGUUCAACACUGGUGGAAAUUCCUCAAUUUCAACAUCCGUCUCAUACACUUUUAUAA